AUGGCUGUUCCUACUACGCAGAAAGCAAUUGUGAUCCCAGACAAGGGCGGACGGGAGGUUAUUAAGUACACCGAGGUGCCGGUGCCUGAGGUCGGCGAGGGGGAUGUGCUCAUCAAGAACGAGUAUGCCGGGUUGAACUUCAUUGACUCGUACUUCCGCUCGGGACUCUAUCCGAUCUCCUACCCCUACACCGCCGGCCGCGAAGCAGCAGGCACGAUCGUCGCGAUCGGCUCAAAGGUGAGCAAAUUCGCCGUCGGCGACCGCGUGGCCUACAUGAGCACCGGUGCGUUUGCAGAGUACACGUCCACCGCCGCCUCCGGCACCGUGCUCAAGAUCCCCGCCGGCAUCUCGACCAAGACCGCGGCGGCGUCGCUGCUGCAGGGGUUGACGGCCGUGACGCUGGUGAAGGAGGCGUAUGAUGUCAAGAAGGACGAUUACGUGCUCGUGCAGGCUGCUGCGGGGGGAAUGGGGUUGUUGCUCACGCAGCUGUGCGCUGGGAUUGGCGCGCAUGUGAUUGGCACUGUGUCGACGGCCGAGAAAGCCGCGCUGGCGAAGAAAGCGGGCGCGGAGACGGUGAUUAACUAUGCCGAGACGCCGGAUUAUGUUGGUGAGGUGGUGAAGGCGUCGGAGGGGAAGGGCGUGCAUGUUGCGUUUGACGGCGUGGGGAAGGCUACCUUUGACGCGUCGAUCGGCGCGCUGCGUCGCAAGGGCUCGAUGAUUUCGUUUGGCAACGCGAGCGGGUCGGUGCCGCCUGUGCCGUUGCCGGUGCUGACGAGUAAGAAUCUGAAGCUGAUGAGGCCGACGCUGUUUAAUUACAUUGCGGAGGAGGAGGAGUUGGAGUAUUACUCUGAGUUGCUGUGGAAGGAGGUCGCGAGCGGGGUGCUCGAUAUUGCGGUGUAUAAGGAGUUUGGGUUGGCGGAGUAUGCUGAUGCGGCAGAGAGUUUGGAGACGAGGAAGUCGACGGGUAAGGUUCUGUUGAAGAUCUAG